AUGGUGAAGGUGAUGACAAUUCUACAGCCGUCAGCUGUUGGGGGUGACUUUGGCGAUCAAGGGCGCUUCGAUGCGAUGGCACAAGGGGCGGACUGGAGCAGCAAGGUCUCCGAAGGGCACCAAAUUCCUAUGAACCCGUCCAGUUGCACAUUCUGGUGUGCAAUUGCCCUGGGGGCACUCGUGAAGGGCCGUCCCAUCGAAUCGGGGACCAAGUACUCUCAACUGGCCCACGAAGCCCUGGCCAAGAGCAACUCGGGCCCCGCAGACGCCGAGGUCGCAAAGUUCCUCUGCUUCCGCCGCUCCACCAUUUCGUCAAUCCUGCAGGAAAACUAUCAACAGUACCUGGCUCUUUCGGAAACAUACGUGAAGAGCGUCAGAAAGCACGGGUCCACCGAUGCUCUUCCAGUGGUGAGCGUGCCUUUACGGUCGAUGAGGGCACAAAUGUUGACCAAGGGGUUCUCCGAGGUUGUCACUUACGCGGAAAUUUCUGACUCUUGCUGCGAACAGAGGCUGAUUAAAUCGUUUCUCGCGGACGAGGAAUCGAUAUUCCAGGCCUUCAGCACGUAG